CGGCAAGUUGUCUUUGCCGUGAAAGGAGACCUGCUCACUUUAAAGACUAUUACUUCUUUUAAUGGAGGAAUAAAUAUAGUAACCUUAUAGAAUCAGAUAAUGAGGGCUUUAAAUCACAUGUUUUAUUUUAUAAUUACUUUUAAAGUUGUUCAGUGCUAAUUAGAAAUGUAUGUAAGUGGUCUGUUUAUUAAAACCUUUAGGUCAGGUUUGUACUUUUCUUCACAACACAUGCUUAAGUAAAAAUUUGUGCCAGGUACGAGGUUGAUCGAUCCUCGUAUUUCUUACGAUAGGGUAAAAUCUGGUAUAAAACGAGGAUCUUCGUAUGAACCGUAACACUGAUAAAAAAAAUAUUUAUUUUAUGAGAAUUCUCCUACAAACAACAGCACUGGUCCACCAAACAAGUUCUUUUGUGUUGGUAUACCUUCUUUUUAUCAACAUUCUUUGACAUAACCUUUCACCUGGUUGAGGGCAUGUCAAGAUAUAAAGGUAGUAAGAAUGAGUGCCUUAACUCGAAGUUUGAGCACCAGAAUAGUCAAGAAAUUAGAAAAACCAAAGCCUUUAAAGGUUGUGCCAGGACAUGUUUAUGAAAGCCACAUUAAACAGCAUCAAGCAUAUGAAUCCUCUGAUAUUGUGAUAAAAUCUGAAGCAGCUAUCGACCAGUUACAGGAUACUUUCAGAAUACUAGAUCUAGUUUCUGAGGCAAUUCAAAAGAAUGACCAAAGUAAUAUUUCUCAAUUGACCAAUGAAUUAGUACAACGUCUGCGAAAUCAUGGUUCCCAGCUAGAAGAGAAUUGUCUUGGUUCAGAAAAGCUCGAAAAAAUCUUUGAAGUUUUAAGGUCUGGUAUUAAUGAAAUAAGCCUGGAUCCUCAGUCCAGGUUAAAUUUACUGCAGAUUGUAGAGCUUAGGGCUAGUCGUUGGCAGCCACCGCUUGGAUUUUUUUCUUAUUAUAACAAGAGGUCACCUCUGCAACAAGAGUUUGGUGAACCAAGUGGUGAAGCUUUAUCUGAUAAUGAACAACAAUAUCUUGGACCAGGAGAAGUGCUGAAAUCGUCUGGUAAAUAUGGUUGCCCUCUUAAAAUUCCUGGAAAGAAUUAUUGUAAAGACGAAGUCGUUAUAAGGAAUUCUGAUUCUGGGAAAGUGAUGGGAAUCAAAGGCAGAAGAGUUCACAUGAUUGAAGAACUAAGUGAAACUGUCAUCUCCUUUCAGAGAGUCAAUCCAGGUGCAAAGGAGCGACUUGUACAAAUUACUGGACCGAACGAAACGAAAAUAAUGAUGGCGAGACAACUGAUAGAAGAUACUAUCAAACGGAAUGCUUCCCCAGUACGAGAAGUUAAUAUAGUUGGAACUAGAGAAGUUGGUGGUUCUAACUCAAGCAUCAAUAGUAGUGCUUCUGAUGAGAGUAGUAGACUGCUUGGACCAACAGUUUCUGUAGGAAAACCUGUUUGUCUAUCUGCAACUGAAUAUAAGUAUUCUGUUCGGAUUAAUGAGGAUGUUAUUAAUAUUUCCUCUACCAAUUUGGAAUUAUUAAAUGAUGCUAAGAUUCUUCUUGAUUCAACUUAUGUUGAUAAAUCAGCAGAAAAUAAUAAUAAUGAAGUCAAGCAAACAAGAUCUGAUUUUAACAAUUCAUUCUCAAAUUGCAACUCCAACUCUAUUCAGGAACCACAAGGGAUGAUUUCAAAUGACAUUCUUUCAAAUUCUGAAAUUGGCUGUGUUAACGAAUCUGAGAAGUCUCCAGAAUCUGUUACUGAAAGUGUACAUUCAUUAUUGGCAAGAAACAACAGUAUAGUUACAGGGAUGAAGAAAGAAUAUUCCAGACAGUUUCUUUUGGAUUGUUCUACUUCCAAAGCUUCAUUAAUGAAACCUCAUAAUUGGGAUUAUGUUGUCAAUACUUACCCUGCUAUUGUAAAGGAGGUAGUAGAAGGCUAUUCAAAUAACUGUUUUACCUUCUAUUUUGGUGAUACAUAAAAAUACUGAUUUUUAAUUUUUUUAAAUAAUAAUUAACAUUUUAUACUAACACGAUUUGCCUUAAAUUCAAAAUGUUCGCUUUAUUUGUAUUGUAUUUUUUUUUUUAUAUAUAUAUCUAGAUUGGAUGUGUAAGCCAAUAAAUUUUUUUUAUAUCUUUUGAAUAUUAAUUUAUGUUCUAAUAAAGUAUUUUUUCAAUAAUUAUCAUAAUAUUUUCCUGGAUAUAAAUAAUACAUUUAAAGUUUUCAAGGCAUUUCAAAUGUUUUACUAAACUAAGCUUUAAGCAUGUAUAAUAAGCAUGUUUUAAAGUAUUGUUUCCAACAUUUUCUAUAAAGAAUGCCAUUAACAAUUCUUAAACAAAAAGCUGCUAUUUUUCUCUUUGAAUGGUGAUAGUUUUUUAACCUGGAAAUGGGAUUAUCCAAAAUCUGAAUAAAUAUUUUAUUUUUAGUUAGAAAACCUAUCAUUAAAUUAUAAAUAGCUGAACUAUAUUAUAUUACUAUACUGGUAAUCUUGUUGACAUGUCAUGUGACGAUAACAGCCAUUGUAUAUUAGUGCCUAUUUUAUACAUUUUUAAUUUUGUUAAUCUCUUUGUUUUGCUUCAUCUGACAUGUUGGCUUGGUAUUUUCAACCUUUUCAUUUUUACAACCUUUUACAAAUUUUCAGCAGCAUCAACACAUCUUUGAUCCAAUUAUUAAAAUUACUUUAUUGGCCCUAUAGCUCACCAAUGUUUCAAUUUUUUUUUUUUUUAAUAUUCUGAAAUUAAAAAGUGAGACACUGCUUUUUUGUACUAGCAGUUUUUCCUUGCCCCACUUAGCAUUCCAAAAAGAUACUUUUUAUCAACUUGAAAAUAACUAACUUUUCUUGUAUAAUAAUAAUAACAAAUGAUUUAUAUUUAUUUAGACAUUAUGUUCUUUCUUACCAUCCGAAAAUAAAAUAAUUAUAUACGAUGGAGGAUUAAAAAAUAAUGGGAAUUGGGCUGUAGUGGGGAAGGAGAGUGGCGGAAUCCAUUGUUCGACCCGGUGUCCAUUAGGGAUAUGUCUCCUGAGUUAGUGUGCGAAGUUAUGUCGCUGUGAAUGCAUCGGUUCUCUUUUUUAGUGAAUCAGUUUUUAUAUUUCGUCGAAAAUGUGAUGGCCGAUUGUCGAGAACAAUGCAUGGCUAUGAAAUUUUGUUUUCUGUUGGGGAAAUCGGCUGCGGAAACUAUUGUAAUGCUUAAAACUGCUUAUGGGGAUGCUGCUCUAAGUAAAACCAGAGUGUAUGAGUGGUUUUCACGUUUAGAAAAUGGAGAAAUAUCAAUUUAAGACCAAUGCUGUGCUGAACGUCAACAUCAAGAAGUGACGAAAAUGUCGAAAUAAUCAAUGCUCUUGUUUGUGAAAACAGUCGCUGAACCAUUGUCACUUGUCUUCUCACAAGCGAGGAAAGAGAGCAUCAAUUUCAGGCAUGUUUUGAGCUUCAAAAUCAGCUCAAAGAGGAUCCAUAAUUUUCUAAGUGAUUUCUGGUAAUGAAUCAU